CCUGAACUUGAACUCACAUUCUUCUUCACCUCUCACCCUUGGGCUCCGUAUUUUGUUCACAACUUUUGGGGGCAAGCUCUUCUCUCAGGAGGUUGAGAGUCAAGUUGUCAUACCCAGCGAUUUCCUGUUUGUGAGCCUUGAAGCUCUAGAAGACUAUAGGCAGGUCUGACAGAACCUGUAGGUGUUUUCAGACGCUGAGCUGGUUCAUCCCCUUUGGUUGCCAGUUCUCCCCCAGCUACCAUACCAUCUCUUCUCCCUGGAUACUGCGAAAUUUCUCUGUGUGGAGAUGAAAUUCUCAAGACCUGCCUAUUCCAUGUUUUCCAUGACUUUUCUGGGUUUUGCCCAUAACAAUGAUGGAUUUUGCAACCCUAUGGGUCCAGCCAUGUAAGAAAACCUAAUGUUGUGGACACUCACUGACCUGUCACAAGGUUGCCCCACAAAGCUUUGGGGCCCAUGUCUGAAUGGAUUGCUGUAGCCUUGUCAUCUCUCCCUUCGCCCAGUUCCCUGCAUCCUAAGACUCGAAGCCAGCACAGGACCUGGAAAAAUUACAUGGUGUGAACGGCAUGUCUGUGGAUGAGAAGCCUGACUCCCCCAUGUAUGUGUAUGAGUCCACAGUCCACUGCACCAACAUCCUCCUUGGCCUCAAUGACCAGCGGAAAAAGGAUAUUCUCUGUGACGUGACCCUGAUCGUGGAGAGGAAGGAGUUCCGGGCCCACCGGGCUGUGCUGGCUGCGUGCAGCGAAUACUUCUGGCAGGCACUGGUCGGACAGACGAAAAAUGACUUGGUGGUCAGCUUGCCUGAGGAGGUCACGGCCAGGGGCUUCGGGCCACUGUUACAGUUUGCCUACACCGCCAAGCUGUUACUCAGCAGAGAAAACAUCCGCGAGGUCAUCCGCUGUGCCGAGUUCCUGCGCAUGCACAACCUGGAGGACUCCUGCUUCAGCUUCCUGCAGACCCAGCUCCUGAACAGCGAGGAUGGCCUGUUCGUGUGCCGCAAGGACACGGCUUGCCCGCGCCCCCACGAGGACCACGGGAACUCCGCGGGAGAGGAGGAGGAGGAAGAGGAGGAGACGAUGGAUUCGGAGACGGCCAAGAUGGCCAGCCCCAGGGACCAGACGCUUCCACACCCCAUCAGCUUUGAGGCCACUGCCAUCCCCGUAGCACAGAAGGAAGAAGCUUUGCAGCCGGAGUCCGACGGGCCUACGGACACCAAGGAGAGCUCCGAAAAGGACGCGUUAACACAGUACCCCCGAUACAAGAAAUACCAGCUUGCAUGUACCAAGAAUGUCUACAGCGCAUCAUCCCACAGUACCUCAGGUUUUGCAAGCACAUUCAGUGAAGACAACGCCGGCAACAGCCUCAAGCCGGGGCUUACCGUGGGGCAGAUUAAAAGUGAGCCGCCUAGUGAGGAGACCGAGGAAGAAAGCAUCACGCUCUGCCUGUCCGGGGACGAGCCUGACGCCAAGGACAGAGCCGGGGAUGUGGAGAUGGACCGGAAGCAGCCCAGCCCCGCCCCCGCCCCCGCCCCGCCCUCCAGGGCCGCCUGCCUGGAGCGAUCCAGGAGCGUGUCCUCUCCCUCCUGCCUAAGGUCUCUGUUCAGCAUAACAAAAAGUGCGGAGCUGGCUGGCUUGCCCAGUACAUCUCAGCAGCACUUUGCCAGGAGUUCCGCGUGCCCUUUCGACAAGGGCAUCACUCAGGGUGACCUUAAAACUGACUACGCCCCUUUCACGGGGAAUUAUGGACAGGCCCACAUGGGCCAGAAGGAUGCGUCCAGCUUCACAAUGGGGUCGCCCCUCAAGGGCCCUGGGGUGGAGGCUCUCUGUAAACAGGAAGGAGAGCUGGACCGGAGAAGUGUGAUCUUCUCCUCAAGCGCUUGUGACCAAGUGAGCCCUUCGGUGCAUUCGUAUUCUGGGGUAAGCAGUUUGGACAAAGACCUCUCUGAGCCGGUGCCAAAGGGUCUAUGGGUGGGGGCUGGCCAGUCCCUCCCCAGCUCACAGGCCUACUCCCACGGUGGGCUGAUGGCUGACCACUUGCCAGGAAGGAUGCGGCCCAACACUAGCUGCCCGGUGCCAAUCAAGGUCUGCCCUCGCUCGCCCCCCUUGGAGACCAGGACCAGGACUUCCAGUUCGUGCUCCUCCUAUUCCUACGCAGAGGACGGGAGCGGGGGCUCGCCCUGCAGCCUCCCUCUCUGUGAGUUCUCCUCCUCACCCUGUUCCCAGGGAGCCAGAUUCCUUGCCACAGAACAUCAGGAGCCAGGCCUGAUGGGAGAUGGAAUGUACAACCAAGUCCGACCCCAAAUUAAAUGUGAGCAGUCUUACGGAACCAACUCCAGUGACGAAUCCGGAUCGUUCUCGGAAGCAGACAGUGAGUCGUGUCCUGUGCAGGACAGGGGCCAGGAGGUUAAACUUCCCUUUCCUGUAGAUCAAAUCACAGAUCUUCCGAGGAAUGAUUUCCAGAUGAUGAUUAAGAUGCACAAGCUAACCUCAGAACAGUUAGAGUUCAUUCAUGACGUCCGGCGGCGGAGCAAGAACCGCAUCGCGGCCCAGCGCUGCCGCAAGAGGAAGCUGGACUGUAUUCAGAAUUUAGAAUGUGAAAUCCGCAAACUGGUGUGCGAGAAAGAGAAGCUGCUGUCAGAGAGGAAUCAGCUGAAAGCGUGCAUGGGGGAACUGCUGGACAACUUCUCCUGCCUUUCCCAGGAAGUCUGCCGAGACAUCCAGAGUCCGGAGCAGGUCCAAGCCCUGCAUCGGUACUGCCCUGUCCUCAGACCCAUGGGUCUCCCUGCAGCCUCCACUAUUAGCCCUGCACCCUUAGGUGUCGAGCAGAACCUUGCCGCCCCCCAGUGUGCGGUGGGGGAGACCGCUCCCUGCUGUUUGGAGCAGGGCACAGCACCCCCGGGGCCCCCCUGGGUCCCCAGCAGCACCUCGGAGAAUUGUACUUCUGCUCGAAGGCUGGAAGGCACUGACCCAGGAACCUUCUCAGAGAGAGGACCUCCUCUUGAACCCAGGAGCCAAACGGUGACCGUGGACUUCUGCCAGGAAAUGACUGAUAAGUGUACAACUGACGAACAGCCCAGGAAAGAUUACACCUAGUGACUCGACCGGCCUCCCCGUUCUCACACCUCUCCCACCAGGUGGCGCUGUUCAUCUGUCAUCUGGAAGAACCGAGAAGGAAUUUGGUGCACACUACAGCGGUCUUAGCAGCAAUACUGUUUCUAAGUGUUCCCUCCUCUCUUCAUGCAGGAGUGCUAAUAGUUACCUUCACAAUGGUGCUACCCCUUGCCCUGGCAAGGAAAGACGACAGUGAUGACACUGUCUGUCUGUGGGUUAACUUCAAUCUUAACAGGGAUAGACUAUAACACCUCUAGGACCCAACCACGGAUUUUUUUCUCAGUGGCCCAUGUCACAAACCCUAUCUCAGGAAUUUCUUCUGAAUGUUCAAUUUUUUUCAUUGAAGACAGCUUCUAUACACAUCAAAGUUUUAUAGCUAGACUGUACAUAUUAUAUAUAAUAUAUAUAAAAUAUAUAUCUCUCUCCAUAUGCAAAAGUCCUGCAUGCCUCAACUUUCUCAUCCUAAAACUGGAAACUUCAUUUCUCAUUGACAGACAGGUUCCAACAUUCCUAUUCUUUUGUCUCUGAUGCUAGAACUAGUUUGGUAACUGUUGUUAACAUGGUCAUUUUUCUUGCUUCACAGUUCAACUUCAAUUUGUACUUAUUUAUGGACAGAAUUCAAUUUUGGAGGCUUUUAUUUUAAGGUUUUAUUUCAGAUGACCUUUUCUGUUGGUUUGGUUUGGGUUUGGCACCGUCGGAUGGUGUCAUCUGAGUACCGUGGGCUUGUUGUUUGUUUCUGCAGACACUGUACAGUCAUGGUCAACUUUGCCACUUGCACUGAGUUUUGGGUCAAACCUAUUUUCUUAAAUGAAGUUGCAACUUCAGUAUAACUCAAGUAUACUGUAUAUUCUUUGCUUUUAGUUUAAAAGUAAAACAUUUUAGCUAAUUAAAAACCACUCAGGUGAUAAUUAUGUAGGAAAAACAAUCUUGCCAAAUAAUGAAUUCAUCCUAGGAUGUCAACAAUAAUCUGCUUGAAUAUUUUUAUAUCUCACCUUCUCCCCACCUUUCAUAAUAAGCAAAGUUGAAAUGCAGACAGAGAGUUCGGAGUUGACGCUGGAUGUCCAGAGUCCUAAGUGGGGAGAGAGUUUGGGCAUCUCACGUGACAGUGCAUCAGAACAGUAGGAACCCACAAUUUUAUACCAGAACUCAGCAGGCAUCGGCUUCUAGAAAUCAAGUUAGAACUGUUUGCUCACCCAGGGGGUAAGUCCCAUUCAUUUCAACACUUCAUCAGGCCUCACUUGCUCCUGGGAGUAAUGCAAUAGGACCUCUCCUUGGAGGGACUUGGCUGACCAGUAUGGGCCCCCAGGAGAUCUCACCUGAGGGGAUGAGCUGCAGCCCCAAGGGCCCGCCUCUAAGUGGCUGUCCUGGGUUAAUGCAGCUCUCCCAGACUAGGAGAGAGCAGGGCAGAAGUGAGCCUGAGGUCUGUCCCUGACGCAGGCAAAAGCAUUUUUCUCCCUUUCUUCUCCAAAAGCUUUGAGUUGUCUUCUGAGGUUUUCCGCCAGUCUCUUGUCCCAAGUCAGACUUCAGUCUGAGUCUUUGGACAUGAUAUGGCCAGGAACCCUCUCUUGGCCCUGCCCCCACCACACACACACCUACCCUCACCUGAUGAUCAUUUUCUUCUCUUGCUGCAAAACUGGUUGGCUUGCAACCCACAGAGAGCAGCUUCCUCGGCUCUGGGGGCAUAUUGGCCCCUGGCCACGUUUACAGGAAAAUGUGCUGAGACCGCAGCCAGCGCUGAGGAGGGGGAUCAGCUCCCGCCCUCCAGCGGGCCCUCCAGCCUGGCUGUGGGAAGAGUCCCUAGGGGUUUGGUGUGGGAACGGGGUGGUGGGCAGGGGGACCAGGUGGUUGACUUUGUUUCUUUAUUUGUGCCAUUGUUUGGACAAUAUUAAAGCUGCAUGUAAAAGGGGGAAUUAGUAUAUGAUGUAGGCGAAAAGUGAAAUCAUAGUAACAUAUGUUUUAGUAUUAUUAACUUUUUUCUGUACAA